UGAAAUACUGUGACAAUCAGCUGUGUUUUUCCUAGAAAGUGGCUUUGUUUACAUUCACAAAAUCUCUCUAAAAAGUGCUUUUGCAUGAAAUUAAAAGCCAAAUAUGGCUCACGUUCAGUACGUCGAUGGCCUCAUAAGGGAAUAUAUGCUUUUCCGGGGAUUCUCCACAUCCCUGAAAGCCUUCGAUGCUGAAUUGAAGCUCGACAAGGAUAGAAGUUUCCGUGUUGACAAAAUCAUCGAUAAAAUCACUCACAGCAUCAAUACGCAGGAUCUGGGGGCGCUCAGGGAUAUGUGGGCGCAUCUGGAUGGUCAUCUUUUCACGAAACUCGAGCAUUCCUACACGGUGGCUGUGAAGAAAUUGGAGUCUGGCAUGCUGAAGCUCUACCUUGUGACAGCGUUCAGCGCCAACAAGAUGGACAAAAUAACUGAAUUCUUCGGGAAACUUGCCCACGAGCUGCAGAAUCAACCAGAAUGGAAGGAGUGGUUCUUGUUUCCCUUCUGUAAGAACCCAGAGGAGCACCCAGUAUUCGGUGUCUGCUUUACUAAACAAUGGCAGGACACACUCAUGAUCUCUCUCCACAACUUCCUGGCCACAAUAUUCCAGUGCAUGCCGCAACCAACACUCAUUCGAGCGGAAACUGAAGCCUCCAUGAUUAAGAAACUUCAGGAUGAGAAUGCAUCGCUGAAGAGUCGCUUGCAAGCACUCAAUCAACCUCAAGCUUCUGGCUCAUCCAGCGCAUCCACAUCUCAUCAGUCGCGAAUCUCAGCUUUCACCGACCAAAAAACCUACGAUUCUAACAGGCAGAGAGCCUCGGGCUCGUCUCAAGCUAGAGUAGGCAUUCCACAGAGCGCCCUCAAUGACGUCGUGCCCUUCGACAUCCCGCCUCCUGCCCACAUUAUUGAUGACUUCUACAUUAUCGCCCAGGAGACGCUGAGUCUCGGCCAGAGUGCUGACAUACAAGCCAAAGGAUUCAAAUCUCUCAUUCGCAACAUGAACAUCGGCACUGGCGGUAGUCCAGUGCUGGGGCGGAAGGACAACAGGAACAAAAAGAGAUCUGGUAGCGUGGGCAGUCGCACUUUGAUGCAGAGAGAGUAAAUUGAUGCAGAGAGAGUAAAUUUUGGGGCAUGCAAUUCUGAAAUAUAUCCGUUGGUGUUCAAAUAGCAAAACAA